AUGUCUGAACCCAUCGAAAUUCCGCACGACCUUCAGACCAACUACCCGGAUUCCGUCUGCGACGAGUUCGAGGUCAUCCAGCGAGAUGUCGGUAUGUCUCCACCGGUCAUGAGCGGCAAUCUGACCAUCGAUCAGGCCUCGACUGUUGGGGAACCCGGUGAGAAUAACUUUCACUCGGCGACCGGAAGCGUGUUCUUGAACGAGAUGGCAGAAGAUGAUCAGAAGAGCAGCAUUUCGGAGUACCAGCCAGUGCACGGAACCUUCAACGCCCCACGGAAGCCGAGCGGAUCGACCAGUGUGCACGAAACUCCAAUCAUGGCCCAAUCGAUCGCAGGCUCGCUUCACAAGGACCCAACCUUCCUGUCGGAGCUUCAGGCGCUGAUGCAGAAGGUCAACGCUGCUAUCAAUAUGUCAACCGAAAGUGAGGCCGGCGAGUCGAAUCCCGAUCUCGAGGAGGAGAACCGCGAGUUGAAAGCAAAGCUCGAAAACGCCAACCGCAUCAACGCGCUUCUGAUGGAUAGACUGGGAGAGCCGAAGAAAAGUGAGAGGAUUGAUGAAUUAACCCGAAUCAACCUGGAGAUGCAUCAGCAAAUCGACGCCCUUGAACAGGAAAAGGUCGAUUUUGAGAAGCAGCGCCAGCAGUUUCAGGAAAUGCUGGCGAAUAGCAACGCUGAACUCAAUAGACUGCGUGAGACACACGCGGCCGUAGCUGGCGUCGAGACUGAAGAACUGGUUGAACAGGUUCAAGACGCGCUCGCUUACAGCAAGGCGCUGGAGGAGGAGCUUCGCACCCUUCGCAAGAAGUUCGACGAUUUGCUCGCCGAGAAGGCGGACAAGGAGGAGAUCAUCCAAGUGCUACUGGAGGACCACGCGGAGGGUACGCGCCUCCUGGCCGAGCACCGACAGGAGAAUCUCCAACUCCUUGACCAGAUUCGCGAGCGGAAUCUAGACGUCGGCGUCGCGGGCUUCGAG